CGCCAGUGAGUUCGAUUGUUUUUUAUAACCUGGUUAGUUAAAUAAUGGAGAAUAUUAUUUAAUUAAGUGACGUUAUUAAUUAAUUGUUUGACGUAAAAAGUUGUCUUGAAAAUAAUUAACUUGAUACGUUCUUGAGCUUUCAUUAUGAACCUACAAAUGUGUGUCCGUUGCUUAGCUUAUCUACGACUAUGGUAUAUAUAGUAGUUACAUUGUGAGUUUUCGUUUAAUUGUUCGAAAUAUUAAGUUGAAAGUAGCUGAACUUCAGUUGAAUGAGAAACAUUCGAAAAAAUACAUGGCAACUAACUUGCAAACUGGCCAACAACAUGCAAACACCUCAUUUCAUUUUUGAAGAUAGUUUAAAACGGCAACAACCAAAACAAACUACUACAACUGGCAGCGAACAAAAACAAACAACAACAGCUACAACAAGCACCAGACCACAAACAACAACAGCUACAACAACAACAGCAACGAAAUCGAGAGCCAGAGGAGCGAGUAGAUGAACUAACUCAACCUCAACAAGCGCCACAACUCCCUAGUUUCCAGCAUUUUAUACGUCAACUUGAAACAGAAAAAUAUCUACAAAGAGGACUGUCCCUACAAGCCAUGCAACAAAUGCUGCAGCACCAGCAAGCAUCACAGCCACAAUCCCAUCAAUAUCAACAAAUGUUUCAACAACAGCAACAACAACUUAGUCAGGAUCAACAAAUGUUUCAGCAACAACAGCAACCCGCAGCUUGGCAACAGAAAACGCAGAAGCCACAAUUGCAGCCACAUCAAACCAUGCCCCAGCCGUCGUUUCCACAGUUACAACAAAUGAUGUUCGGACAACAAAUAGCACUACAACAGCAGAUACUAUUACAGCAACAACAACAGCACCAGGAAAAGGAAAAAAUAUUUCAGCUGCAGCAACAAAUACAGCCACAACUACAAAAAUUACAGCCGCAAGGAGCACCACAGGAACCACAAAAGCAACACUCACCUCAUCUACACCAACCACAACAACAAUCAUCACCACCGUCGCAACAACAACCACCCCACAACACAACACAACAACAACUACAUAGAUCUAAUUUUACUCCUCAGUUUCACAAUAACCCAUACACACUCGCGAACGAUGAUCCUUUGGUCCAACUGACAGAUUUUCUUCCCCCACCUCGUCCAAUGCCUCGUGAAGUCAUGGACACUGUUUUCCAACAUAUAAUGAUGAAUCAGGCGAUGUACCCGGACAAGAACUUGCCUGUUGAUGUCUUCUGCUACGAUUUACAGGGCAAUUUGUUGAGUAAGGAUGUUUUCAGUUGGACUCUGUUGUCGCCGCCUUCCACGCAAACAUCGUCAGAGUCGUCGCCAUUGUCGUCGCCACCAUUGCCACAAUCAUCGGUUUACCAUUUUUUUGACGAGACUGGCGAGACGGUAGUUUACCGAAUCGAACGGGGACAGCCCGUGCCUAUGAACCAACAACAAACACCAGACACACAACUGCUGCAGUAUUCAGUGCAGCGACAGCACCAGCCAGCUCAACAGACUCAACAUCCACAACAACUUCAACAACCGCAUCUGCGACAACAAACUUUACAUGUGCCACAUCAUCACUCGCCUACUCAAGUGCCGCCAUUGCCACCUUGCCAGCCGCAUCCAUCUUGGACACAACAUCAGCAGCAACAACAUCAACUACAAAAUCAGCAGCAGCUGCAACAGCUUCAACAUCAAAGGCAACCACAACAACAAACUUCCCAAGUUCAACAUCAGGAGUUGCCUAUUCAAGAACAGUCGUGUCAACGAAUACAAAAUUGGCAACAACAUCAACCUUGGAAGCAACAACAGCAGCAACAACAUACACCAUGUCAACAAUCUCAACAUCAACCGCAUCGUCCCACGCAACAAAACCGUCAGUUGCAUCAGCAACUAAGCCAACAGCUGCAGCUCAAGUUGUCCCCUCCACUGUCACCAUUACCACUCGCGAAAUAUAAUCCAAUGCCGAAGCAGCAGCUUCAGCAGCCACAAAAAACUCCCCAAAUGCCAUAUCGACAGUCACCAAGUCAGCAACGUCAUCAACUUUGGAGUCACCAGCAACAACAACAACAACGUCAACAACCACCGCAACAAAAUUUACAUGCUUCACUUGAACAGUCGCCACCCGUCUUUCAACAACAGGCAUCUCAGCGCCAGCAACUAUGGCAACGAGUCUGCUAUCAAAAUCAACAGCAGCAGCAACUUCAGCAGCAACACCAGCUGCUACCUCAUCGACAGCAGUGUCAACUGCAACAGCCACUGCGGUGCUAGCCACAACAACAAUCUCAAUAACAACCCAAAAAUCGCAUCAUUGACAACCUCCAAAGUGCCCAAUCUGCCCUUUAAACACCUUUUUCGACAUUUUCUAUAGAAGCCCUUAGAUUAAUUUGUCGUCCCCGAUAAGCGGUUUUAAUUAAUUAGUCAAUUAAUCAAGCUAUUAAUUAUUAUUAUUAAUCUUAGCUUGUAUUUAUAAUCGUCUUUUAAAUUA